UCUCAUCUUUGGUUUCUUCAACUCAAAACCCUCGUUUCUGACUGACUGUCUCCUCUCUAAAUUUUUGCUCAUUUCAACAGCAGACGGCGUCGUUGCCUCCGGUGGUCGCUGCUAGCCGGCGAUCAUAGCUUUCAUCUAAAUUUCGUUAAAGAGAAAAAAAAAGGCAAUAAUGGGCAACGGUCCGGCUCCAUAUUCAGAAAUCGGCAAGCGCGCUAGAGAUCUUUUGACGAAAGACUACAAUUAUGAUCAGAAAUUCUCCCUCUCAGUUCCAAGUUCCACUGGAAUGGCACUUACAGCUACUGGUAUAAAGAAGGAUCAAAUAUUUGUUGGUGACCUAAGUACCCAGUACAGAAGUGGAAAAACCACUGUUGAUGUUAAAGUUGACACCUAUUCGAAAGUUUCUACAAAGGUGACUUAUGAUGUGGUGCCUGGAACAAAAGCAGCAAUCAGCUUUAAUGUUCCUGAUAACAAGUCCGGGAAGCUUGAUGUACGUUACCUUCAUCACCAUGCUGCUAUCGAUGCCAGUAUUGGCCUGAACCCAAGUCCUCUUCUGGAAGUUGCUGCAGCAAUUGGCUCCAAGGAUAUAGCUAUUGGUGGUGAAGUGGGAUUUGACACCUCAUCUUCAUCCGUUACAAAGUGCAAUGCUGGAAUAACCUUCAACAAUCCCGACUUUUCUGCAGCUGUUAUACUGACUGACAAGGGACAAACGGUGAAGGCUUCAUACGCUCACUUGGUCAACCCAGUGACCGGAACAGAGGUGGCUGCUGAAAUGACCCACAGAUUAUCUGAUUUCGGCAACAGUUUCAGCAUCGGAAGUGUCCAUAGAGUUGACCCUCUGACCUUGGUCAAGACCAGAUUCUCCGACAAUGGAAAAGUUGCUAUAUUGAGCCAACGUGAAUGGAGGCCUAAAUCAGUUGCAACACUUUCAGCAGAGUACGACACUAAGUCCAUCAAUGUAGCACCGAAACUCGGCCUCUCGAUUGCUCUCAAGCCCUGAAUUUGCUGACAACUCUAUUUGGGGGGCUCUAAUUUCAUGAGGGGUUUUAUUUCGAAUUUCGUACAAUUUUUUUUCAACUGCCCAGGUGGGGUUUAAUAUUUCAUUGAGAUCCGUGCGGGAGAAUCAUACCCGUUUUUUGACCGUAUUGAAAUAAUGAUGAUAAUGUCGAAAGAAUUUGUUACAAGAAAAUGGAUAUUUGUUGUAAAUUUUGCCUGUGAGGCAAUCAAUGGUCAUUGUUUUUUUUAAAUAUUGGAAAUUUUAU